UAUAAGCUGUUAACAGGCGAAACUGUUUCAGUUAUCGCUUAUUACUAGUGUGUAAAUAUACUCUUUUAAUAUUAUUUACCUAUUUUUGAGUGUCGACAUGUUGGUGAAACUCGUCCUCGCCGCCGUAAUGGCAGUUGGAGUUCUGGGGGGCACAAUACCCGAGGAGGAGAGGUGGCUUAAUUCGCUCAUCACAGCAGACUUUUGUGAAAGUGGCAAGUUUCAACAAGUGCUGACAUCUAUGUCAACAUUUAAGCAAUGCGUGACAGAGGUAUAUUCUGACCCGAAUUUUAGGGCUGAAGUUAGGAUGGCAAAGUAUUUGGACGACCAGCCCAGAAUCGUUAAGGCGUUCUGCGAUAAAUCAGCCCAGGUGAAGACCUGCAUCCGACCACUGGUUACAAGUAUGUCCCCAUGUUUCACGGCCAGCGGACUGCGAACCACGCAGAAAGUUUUUGACAAAGCACUGGACUUCUUCUGCGCUAGAGAUGGAGAGAACACAAUUACGUUCAUAAGGGAAGGUGGAUCAGAUUGCCUGGAACGGAAGCAGCAAGAUCUGCAAACCUGUAAAGAUAGCAAGAAGCCCGAAAUCACUCGCCUCAUUGGUGUAUAUGGAAGUGGGACGGCCAUUCCGGAAAAGGAGAGAUGCAAACUAGACAAACAAGAAAACGACUGCGGAAUAGUCGCAGUAAAAGCCUGCGGGAAACCCAAUCUCGAUAAACUUUUGAAGCAAUUGAUUGAUUCUGUCGAUAUGAACUGCGAGGAAUAAAUCAAGGACCAGAAACCGGCUUGAAGCAGGAAAACCGUCCAGUAGAAUAAGGGCCAGUUGCAUCAACCACAUUUGACAGACACAUCAUCGUUACGCAGCAGACGUCUAUGGAACUUCCCACACAAAAAAAAAUUACGAACGAACGCUUUAACGAUGACAGACGGUUUGAUGCAACCGGCCCUUAGUAAUUAAACUUCAUUUAACCGAACAUUACCGUACCUAAAUAUUAUGAUCCAUAUGAAACGUCAAAAUUUGAAUAUACAUACAUAGUGUAUAAAUAUAAUGUAAUAAAGAUAACCAUUGCACAUUUAA